GUCUGUAUUCAAUUCUCUUAAAUUUUAGGGUCUGGAGAGAUAGAGAGAGUGUGGGUGUGUGUGCAGAGAAUCGCAACGAUGGUUCUAUCGGAGGAGGAAAUGAAUCGACUCUACCGAAUCAGAAAGACGGUGAUGCAGAUGCUAAGAGACAGAAACUACCUCGUCGGUGAUUUUGAGAUCAACAUGUCAAAGCACGAGUUCAAAUCAAAGUACGGCGAGAACAUGAAGCGCGAAGAUCUCGUCAUCAACAAAUCCAAAAAGGACAAUUCCACAGAUCAGAUCUACGUCUUCUUCCCUGAAGAAGUCAAGGUCGGCGUCAAAACCAUGAAGACUUACACCAAUCGAAUGAACUCCGAAAACGUCUUCCGGGCCAUCCUCGUUCUUCAGACCAACCUCACUCCCUUCGCUCGCACUUGCAUCAGCGAAAUCUCCUCCAAAUUUCACUUGGAGGUCUUUCAGGAAUCCGAAUUACUCGUCAACAUCAAAGAGCACGUUCUCGUUCCCGAACAUCAGGUUCUCACCGAUGCCGAGAAGAAAACAUUGCUCGAACGAUAUACCGUGAAAGAGACUCAGUUGCCAAGAAUUCAGGUGACGGAUCCUGUUUCGAGGUAUUAUGGACUGAAGCGUGGACAGGUGGUGAAGAUUAUUCGGUCGAGUGAGACUGCUGGUAGAUAUGUUACAUACCGAUUUGUUGUGUGAUGAUUUCAUUUUGGAAUGUGGGACUGUUCAAACUUUGAAUCUAAGUUAUAUGAUCGUGUCAUGGGUGACAUGUUUUUGUUGGAAUUUGGAAAUCUCAGUUUAUUAUAUAAAGCCAGAAAUUGUAUCAUAGAGCAAUGAAUUGUUUUGGUAAGUUGUUGACAGGGAUUUAUUUGUGUUUGAGUCUGGUACAAGUUGAUGGGUUGUUUCUAAUUCCUACUUGUCAGUUUAACAUUGUGAUUUAGUUGUAAACCUCACUGGAAUAUGGUUAAAAUUGUUUUCUUGUCAAUUGAGACAAAAUUCCAUCCC